AUGAUUGGUAGCAAAAUCGUAGCUGAACUUUCUUUCUGUUCAGGAACAUCUUAUCGAGCCUACCGAAUGGGUCCAACCGAAUUCGGUCAUUUACCUGAUCCGCCAAAAGGAGCCUUUGUUCCAGAAGGUGGUAUGCGACCUGAAGACAGUCAACGGAUCCAUCUUAUCAACGCCUUCCGGCGAUACGGGUACCUACAAGCUGAGCUCGAUCCUCUUGGUUUGCAGCCAAAGAAGGAGUUAGUUUACACCUCAGACAUUCUAACAGUCGAAGCGUGUAAGACAAGUUUGUGCUUAUAA